UUGCACUACUACAGCAGCAGCAGCGACUGCUGGUUUGUUUUUAUUGUGCCCGUUGGUCAGCUCGAGAUUAGAGAAUCAAGGGGAGAUCUCUCAACUCAGUUAGUGUUACAGUAUGCAGAGUCUGUCCGUGCAGGCGCUGGCCCUGCGGCAGCUAGGCCGACUGAACUCCCUGCAGCUGCUCACACCGUGCCAUGCCUCUGGUCUCAGCAUGUGGUGCCCGCGAACAUUACACGCGCGUCAGUUGUGGGGUUCAGGCACACCCCAGACACACCGGCCAGCUAUGUGGCCGAAAUCAUGGGACACUCGGCAGAGCUGGUUGCGCCAUCAGACCCGGCUCAAGAGCACGAGAAAGAAAGGGAAGCAAAAAGCAGUGCAGCAGGAAGAGGAGGAGGAGGAGGAACAGGAAGAUGCAGAGGCUAGUGAUUAUGAGGAUGAGCUUCCAGAUGACCCAGGCCUGCCAAAAGACUAUAAAGACCACGAGAAAACUGUCCAGUCUCUACGUUUUGAUCUGGUUUUGAAGACCGGAUUGGACAUUGCACGAAAUGGUGUGGAGGAUGCUUUCUAUAACCUCAAAUUGAGACUGAAUGGUCAGAAACUCACCAAGAAGAGCAAAAUGGUUAAAGUGGGGGAUACACUGGAUCUGAUCCUAAAUGAGGACAAGGAAAUGGACACAGUCUUGCUGAAGAGAGUGAUUUUAAAAAAGGUGGUCGGAGAGACAAAAGAUGCCGAAAAGCAGAGAGUCAUUCUAAGAACCUGGAAACACCUACAACUUCCCAGAAAGGAUGUGCACAAGCAGUAAAGACUAAUUCUGUGAUGUGUUUGAGAGGUGAAAGAUCAGAAAAUAGGACAAAACUGCUAUUUCUUAUUCCACUCCCCAACCAUUUGAUUCUGAAAUUGCAGAUUGAGAAUUUAAUGAUGUUUUCUAUGUCCAACAAAGACUGAAGGUCUUUCUCACAUCGAUUCACUUAACAGUAGUCAAGUUUCAUACUACUUAAAGGUGUUUUUUUUUUUUUACUUUACAGGUCACAAAUGGAACACAAACGCAUCUUAUUAUUUAGCGGUGGUUUUGGUUAUAUGCUAUAUUUUUAAUUAUUUUUCUAAUAUUUACUAGAUUCACAAAAUAACAUUGUGGGAUUAAUCAGAUCGUGUUUGGGAUAUUGGUAGUUUUCUGAUCCCUUGUUUCUGAUACCUUAUUUAGUUUUCACCAUUUUCACAGAUUUUCAGUGAGCAAUUUUCAGAAAGGAUACAGAGUGCCUUUGUAUACAACUGCACUAA